AUGGGGAGGGUUGAGUGUUUUCUAUGUGGAGAAGGUGGGAAUGGAGAUGGGUAUUCCUAUGUUGGGGUGGCAAUAGCAAGAGAUGGCGACCGCAAAGACAUCAAUUGUGAUGGGGUGGUUGCCACAACGACACAGAUCGUUGAGAGGACGGGGUGGGAGCUACUCUUAAAUAUUGCCCUGACAGUUUCGAGUUUGAUUUGA